UAACACCUAACCAACGGCGUCUAGCUGAAGGAACGGGAAGCUAAGGUCAUCGCUCCACGUACCUUACCCGGCCUGCAUCAGGAUUGGAAGCCAGAUCUCUUGAUCAGAACACUGACGAAGUUGACCAGACUGUCAGUGAGCAUAUACGUCUAUCACAGCUGCAGCAGAAUGGCCAUUGAAAUUGCACAGGAUGCUAAUUUUACGACUCUUGCCAUUAUUGUUUUUCUUAUGCAAGCCGGGUUUGCAUUCUUGGAAGCUGGCUCAGUGCGAUCAAAAAACACAACCAACAUUCUUUUCAAGAACUUUAUGAGCAGUAUUUGCGGUUGUGUUGCAUAUUGGGCUUGUGGACAUGCGUUUGCUUUUGGAGGUGGCAAUGCAUUUAUUGGAAAUAAGCACUUCUUUCUUGUUGGAGUUGGACGUCAUAGUGAAGAGUUAGUUGAUUGGUUUAUUUACUAUGUUUAUACUAUCACGGCAGCCACAAUUGUGAGCGGGGCUAUGGCAGAGAGAACACAAAUGAGGGGUUAUUUUAUAUUUACACUUUUCUGCACAGGAUGGGUGCAGCCAGUUGUCACUCACUGGGCUUGGGCAGAAGGAGGAUGGUUACAAUCUGGGCACUAUAAUGAACAUCAUAAUGUGACUAUUCGCUAUGAGGAUUUUGCUGGAAGCAGUGUUGUACAUGUUGUUGGAGGGGCAUCUGCUCUCAUAGGUGCUGCUUUAGUUGGUCCACGUAAGGGUCGCUUUGAUGAGAGAGGAAUGUCAAUUAAGAUAGCUUCAAGUGCAACAGCAAUGUCUACACUUGGAGGGUUCAUUAUUGUAUUUGGCUUUUUUGCAUUUAACUUGCUGUCUCACGGUAGCCUUUCUGAAACGAAUGAUGGUAGUGUGCUUGGUCUUAUUGCGGUCAACUGUAUAUUGGCCUCUUCCGGUGGUAGUCUUACUGCUCUCAUCUAUAACCGAUACAGUGAUAAGCACACACACAAGUGGAGUCUUUUGUCUGCAAUCAAUGGCUCAUUAGUUGGAAUGGUUUCUAUUAGUGCUGGUGCCAGCACCGUUUAUCCAUACGGUGCCUUUCUUGUUGGUUUAGUAGCAGGUGUGGUAUACAGCUUGGCAGCAAAGUUGGUGGAACGUAACCGAGUGGAUGAUCCAUUGGAUGCCAUUGCUGUGCAUCUCGGUGGUGGUACGUGGGGAAUUGUGAGCGUUCCGUUUCUGGAUUCCGAUUAUGGGUUAUUCUACAAAGGAAACAUCUUAUCCAUGUGGCUUAUUGGUUGGAAUUUAUGUGGUUUGCUGGUGAUAAUCAUAUGGACAUUGAUGUGGGCUGCUCUUAUCUUUGGAAUUAUGUCGGCGCUAAAUUUUCUUCGUGUUACAUCAGCUGUGGAAAAACAAGGUCUUGAUGUGGUCCAGCACGGAGAAAAGGCAUAUCCUUACGAAAUGACAAGAAGAUCUCGGUCUGCAUCUAGAGCAACUGUGGAUGACAAUUGUGGCCAAACCGAGGUUCAACGACUCACAGCUGGAAGCAACGACACUGCAUAUGCAACCGUUCAAGAAGAAGAUGACACAAGUUUGAAAGAAUCAGUCAGCAUGAGCCAAAUCUCAGAGGCAGACCCGGUGUCUGCCGUGUAGCCAUAGAUUUACAGUCUGAUGUCAUGUCAGUGAGCGGGUGCGUUCGCGGAAAUUGUCUUCUGUUUGAACUAGUUGCAUGAUGUCAGUAGGGUAUGUAAUAGAUAUUAAAAUCGUAACUGUAGGUAGGUUGGUUUUAAGACAUUGUUCAACUGGUAAGAUGAAGUCUUGUGUAGAUUAGAAUAUGUGCGUCUAUGACGGAAGAUUAAAUCAAGAUUAAAUCAAGAUUACAU